ACUCCUGUUCGCUCUCGAGCUCGGUCUCGUGACACACUAGUCACCUGUUCGCUUCUCCGACUGCCUCGCGGAUAAUAGCCAUGUUGUUGAGAUAGCUUCAACAAAAAGGUUUAUUUGCGUGUGAAUAAAACCUCAUAGGCCACCUAAGAUGUUGUCUCGUCUACUGAAGGAGCACCAGGCGAAGCAGAGUGACCGGAAGGAGCAGCAGGAGAGACGCAGGCGUGAAGCUAUUACAGCAGCUACCUGCCUGACAGAAGCCCUGGUCGACCACCUCAAUGUUGGAGUUGCCCAGGCGUAUGUAAAUCAGCGUAAACUGGACCAUGAGGUGAAGACUCUCCAAGUGCAGGCGAGCCAAUUCUCCAAACAAACUGCACAGUGGAUCAGUAUGGUGGAGGGUUUCAAUCAGGCCCUAAAGGAAAUCGGCGAUGUGGAGAACUGGGCCCGCAGUAUCGAGAUGGACAUGAGGACCAUCGCCACAGCUCUGGAGUAUGUACACAAGGGUCAACUUCAGACAGCAGCCUCAUAAACUACACGGUGGGAUGCAGACAGGAAAACACACUGGAAAAAAACCUGAAAUCCUGUUGAUUUUGUUUGUCUGUAUACCUUCUUGAUUGGGCGAAUGCUGAAGGUUACUUUUAUUCAGAGACAUGUCUGAAGUCUGGUGCCGUUUAUAUCUGAAGACAUCACAUGUAAAACCUAGCUCACAUGCUUGUUGUAGGCUUAAGGGGCCGAAGACAAAGACUUCUUCUACUCACUUGGUACCUGAUAUGUCUAUGUUUAUAUAUUAUGUUAUAUGUAGAGUGGGGACUGAACUGUUUUUGUAAGACAAUUUCACUUUACAUUUGGUUGACCUUAAGUUACGUGUUGGAACAUGAUUUAAAAUAAAGUGUGGAAAAAUCA